AAUGAUCAUGGCAGCUGGAGAGUACUGUUCAUCAUAAGCCACGCUGCGGAACGAGUUCACGGUAGCCAAAAUCUUAGCUAGGUAGCAGUUGAUCUUGCUGGCAUCGCACACCCUCAUACCAGGUGCCCGGGCAGCGAGAACUUGACGCAUCCACAGCGGAUCAGCGUGUAGUUCGAAAGACAUUCCAGAAAACAAUUCUGUUGGUUGUACACCGCGAAGUAUCGUAGAAAUCUUUCAUGCCCAAAGUAGCAUUGACGUCGUUGUGGCGGAAGGGUUUGGAGGUGGUUUGACAUUUUGAAUAUUUACAUCAGGCUUCACAAUCAGGCUGAGUCCGGACGAAGGACCGAUGCGGUAGUACCAAAGGUUUGUCAGCGGGAGCUCGCUAGGAGCGUGUAUAGCUACUUUGAAUCCACUGUUAAGGCCCUGCAACGAAUCGUCUGGUUAGUAUUGGUACAAGAAUUAAUUCCUCCUGCCAGCGGUCGUCUAGGGAAGGCAUGCAAUCCGACAUGUGCUGGAUAUCCCGUCUCCAGUGUCCAGCUUGUGGUGGUACUAACCUUCGAAGAUUGAAACGGCGGCCAAUAGCUGUACAGAGGACAAACAUGCGCCAGAGUACGUAGAUUCUCACGGCGUCUCACGGAUAAGCCGGACCCAUUCCGUAUCAACUGGUUUUCAGAAAUCUUAGCUUGGUUACCUCUCAAAGAAGGUUGAACGGGCAUUGGUAAUGAAUCGAGCAACAAAUAUCAAGUUCUCGUCGUUCUGGUCUACGUCAUUAUUGGUUUUAAGGACAAGCAUGUUUGUUCAAGGGUUAUCAUCGUAGUGAUUCGUGUAAAUCUUGAUAAUCAAUCAUUCAUGAGAGUACUACUAACAAGUAACCGACCAUGACAUUUAAGGCUUGCCUCUUUUUGGCUGACACGUAGUCCUCAAGCGACCAUGGCGAAUCAACCAAGCUCCGCUGGCUUCCUGCGUCAGCUCUGGACUGAGUACUGCAACGGUAGUACCGUGUACGCAACACGGCACCUCGUCAUGCGGAAUCUUCUUCCGGGUGAACGUGGCUGGUGGUUCGCUUGGAUUGGUGGCGUAAUCAUAGCUUGCGUGUUCACCAACAUUAAAUCACUGCGCGAGUGGUCCGCCAGCCCCGUCGUGAUCAGUUACGAUACGGAGCUUGCACCGAUUUGGGCGGUCCCGUUUCCGGCGGUCACGAUUUGCCCCCAGACCAAGACCAAGGUUGAGUACAUGAACAUCACGGAGUUGUACCUCGAGAUGUAUAACGGAUUAGAGCUCUCGGAACAACAACAUCGCAGGCUGCGCGUCCUGAUGCACGUGUGCCCCUACAUGGUAGCCUGGUAUGAAGCCCAUGGAGCACUCAACGAGUACUGCGUGCCAAUCAUGCAAGCUAUGGCUCUUUCGCUGGACGACGUAUUUGCGACCUGCAAGUGGAGAAAUGAAGAGCUACCGUGCGAAUCGCUGUUCACUCAGUCCAUAACGGAUAACGGGAUUUGCUACACGUUCAACGCUGUCGACGCGUAUCAACUGUAUCGAAAGUACAACCUGCACUACGAUUACGAAUACUCCGACGCGUACAAUUAUUCUGGUGACUGGACGCUGCAGGAUGGCUAUCUAUUUGCCGACGAUCUGGACAGUUAUCCGUACCGGACCUGUGGAACUGGAACUUCUUCUGGGUUGUACGUAGUGUUGAAAACGAGGAAGAUUGACGAUCAGAGUUUGUGUAAUGGCCCUCUAAGCGGAUUCAAAGUCGUUCUUCACUCGCCUGACGAUGUACCCUUAUUGAACACGUACUUCUAUCGACUGCCUCUCACAUCAGUGCUGAAGUUGUCUGUGGAGCCAACGCUAACAUUCAUUACCGAUGACCUCAAGAAGCAUCCGUAUACAAGACGACAGUGCUACUUCAACGGUGAGCGUUACCUGCGCUACUUUGCAAUCUACACCGAGUCGAACUGCAUUCACGAGUGCAUCGCCAACAUUACGAUGCGAGACUGUGGCUGCGCCAAGUUCUCGAUGCCGCGGGGCCCCAACGUGAAAGUUUGCGACGCUUCCAGCAUCGAUUGCUACGAAGAGUCGUUCUUCAAAAUAUACAACGUGACCGACACCCAGCAGGACGCUUGCGAGUGCUUGCCGGCUUGUGCGACCCUCCAGUACCAAGUUGAGCUGUCGCAGAUGGACUUUGACUUUGGGGCGCUGGCACAUGCAGCUGGGUAUAACGAAGGACAACUUGACUUUAUAACUCCUUCCAUCCUGAUCGUGUCCUAUCGCAGCAAGUGGACGCUUCCUUUGGUGCGCCGUGAGCUACUAGGUUGGAGCGACCUGCUGGCCAAGCUGGGCGGACUGUUCGGACUCAUGAUGGGAGCGAGCGUUAUCAGCCUGCUGGAGAUCUUCUACUAUUGCCUGAUCCGACCCUGGCGAAACGAGGACGCCGAUGACGCGCAGAGAUUCCGGCACGUCCUGCCGUGGCGACCUUGA